AUGGGUACUGAAAGUACUUGGGCAUCAUCACUUCGCGAUGACCCUCUAGAUCCCGCUUCUCUUCCAGUUACUGGUUCUGUUCCAGUUAAACAGGCUAGUCUAAAUCUACAUCGUUUCUUUCCCAACUAUCCACCAUCACCUCCCGUUGUAGAUACCGAGGCUAUGGAAGCCCAAACUCCAAGGAGGUCGUACUUCGCCGCAACAACAAUGUGGAGGUCCAUGGAUGCAAUGCGAGAAUGGUACACGGACUUUGCCAGUUAG